CUUAUAGGGUAGACAUUCCAUGCCGGAACUAUGACAAUUAAAGCUGAGAUCAUAGAGUCUAUCUCCACUAAGUGGAACCUUAACAUAUCGCAGGCUGCAGCAGCUGAACUGGUGGCCCGGCAUGGUACCACAGCGCCAAUAGACCAAGCAAGCUUCAAGACGAUAUUGCUCAACACUGGGAUACAAACUAUCGUAGAAGUCUGUAAUAAAGGGAGCUCAAGUGUGGUAAUGAAUGACAGCAUAGUGCCUUCCAGGGAAGUACAAGGCUUGCCACACCCAUUGUUCUGCCAGAUUGAUACUGUGAUCGACAUCACCCAACCAAAGUACACAAUCACACCCACGGAAAACCCAAGUAAAGCUAUAUAUAAGGUAACUCUAAAUACAGGGUAUAUCAGGUUUCAAGGAUUGUUUUUGGAUAGUAACCAAAAGAUACAUGUAUUCGCACCCGGAACCAAGUUACUGCUCAUGAAGCCCGGGGUUAAGCAUGUAGAUACCAUGGCAUUCUUGAAGCCAGGUAGUUACGAGAUACUCGGGGGGAUAGUACCGGAUUUGUACGACCCGUGGAAGUUGCAGAGGGAAGUUAGCAUACAAAGGUACAGCACGGGUGGCAAGCCCAUAGCCAGUGACGCCCCCAAGUUCGAGCCGUUACCGCUAUUGGCCAAGCAGCCAGUGGCAAGUAUAGCCGACCAAAUGAAGGCACUCAGUAUAAAGGCACCACAAAAAAAGGAUAUACCCAAGGCUGGUAAGCAACAUGUAAAACUUAAACAUGGUGCCGGAGUACCGAGGCCACAUAGUAAGCCUGUACCCAAGGAUAGUAGUGUACCGUUCCGGAAAGCGGGGGCUCCAGCAUUCCCAAAUGCUAAGCAACAACCCAGUGCCAAGAAGGCACCAGCAAAUGAAAAUGCACGUGGGCAACCAACUACCAAGCAUACGCCUAAGCAGGGCUUUUCAGGUGGACAUCGCAGGGCUAAAGCGCCACCCAAACAUAUGUAACGU